CGAUCUAAGGGUUUGGACCGUACAGUCUUGUCACAGGAGAAUAAACAAUAAUAAAAGGCAGACUCACCACACUGUGUGCAGUUUGAACAUGGAGGAGACGGGAGAGAUUGUGCCAGUUAAACGGACCAGCUCGGAGCAAAGGAAGCUGCGUUCUCGCGAUGCGGCCCGCUGUAGGAGGAGUAAAGAGACUGAAGUGUUUUAUGAACUCGCCCGCACUUUGCCUCUCCCUCGGCGAGUCUCCACCCACCUGGACAAGGCCGCCAUCAUGAGAGUCGUGCUCAGCUUCCUGUCGCUGCGUCGCCUCCUAUGCUCCGCAGAUGAGAAGCAGACAGAGUCUGAGGAAGAGGAGGAGGAUCCGAUGGACUCAUUCUUUCCUCAGGUGUUGGCUGGAUUCAUCAUGGUGAUGUCGGAGGAGGGAGACUUGAUUUACCUGACGGAAAAUGUCAACAAACACAUCGGCAUCACUCAGCUGGAGCUGCUCGGUCAGAGCAUUUAUGACUUUGUUCAUCCGUGUGAUCAGGAGGAGCUCAGAGACCUGCUCGCUCCACGUCCAGGUCUGAGUAAGAAACCGUUGGCAGAGCAGUCCAGUGAGAGAAACUUCUUCCUGAGAAUGAAGAGCACUCUGACCAGCAGGGGGCGCACUGUCAACAUCAAGUCUGCUGACUGGAAGGUUCUUCACUGUACGGGUCACAUGCGUCUAUUUAGCCAUGAGUCUGCGUCGCCCCCUGCAGGCAGAGUUAUGACCCUGCUGUGUGAGCCCAUUCCUCACCCAUCCAGCGUUGAGUUUCCUCUGGACACUCACACCUUCCUCACACGCCACAGCAUGGACCUACGCUUCACUCACUGUGAGGGCAGGGUGACAGAGUUGGUGGGGUACAAACCUGACGAUCUGGUUGGCUGCUCAGCCUAUGAGUUUUAUCAUGCACUCGACUCUGAUCAUGUCAACAAGAGCCUGCACACGUUGCUGUCCAAAGGUCAGGUGAGCACCAGCUGCUAUCGUUUCCUGACAAACAGCGGCGGCUUCGUCUGGGCUCAGACUCAGGCCACCGUCCUCUACAACAGCAAGACGUCUCAGCCUGAGGCCAUCGUCUGCCUCAACUUCAUACUCAGUGCCGUGGAGCAGCCAGAUGUUGUUUUCUCCAUUGGGCAGAUCCGCAAGAGCCGCUCGUCUGAAUCUGAGUCCCUCUCACCAGAGCUUAAAGCAAAGGUUGAUGGGUCUGCUGACAUCAGUGACUCCGACAGCUCUAAGGAUUCAAACUCGAGCAGCUCAGCAGAUCUCUUCUCUAAACUAGAGCAGGAGCCAGAGGCCCUUCUGCAGUUGGCUCCUGUGGCUGGAGAUGUCAUUGUACCGCUGACUGAAGAUUUUGUCGAGCUGUCGUUCUGCAGUAUGUCUGGUUCAGACUCAGUGCCAGACAACCCUCAGGAUCUGUGCACCCCUCAGCUGAGACGGCUGCUGUCACCCAUCUUCAACCCCAUCACUCCACCGCCGUCAUCUUCAUCAUCAUCAGAGCCUUCACCUCAGCCUGAGACGAGCUCCAGAGAGGACGAAGGGAUGGACAUAAGCGAGGUGAUGAAGUUUUUCACUGUUUGUUCAGAAGAUGCUCAAAAAGGAGAAGAAAUCCCUGAAGAGAUGGAUCUGGAAUUGUUGGCUCCCUACAUCUCCAUGGAUGACGACUUCCAGCUGACCUUCCUCAGCAGCAGUUUGUCAGAGGAGGCUGAAAAACCUUCAUCAUCAUUGUCUAAGCCAGAAACGCCUGCUGUUACAGAGAGGAGGAAACGGAUCCAUGAUCCAGAUGAGGAGAUGGCAUCUGAGCUGAUGAUUCAGGACAAAAGACAGAAACAAGAAGCUUCCUCCAUAGAAGAGGAACUUCUCCUCAGCCACAGACUGCUGGGGUGUUUGGAGGAAACCGACCAAUCAGAUCUGGUCCCACUGGCAAGAUCAGACAGGUGGAGUCAGCUGCUCACAGACAGAGACCCUCUGUUAGGAGGCGUUGAGGGACUCUGUGAUACAGCAGCUCUGAUGAAAGACAUUUUCUACCCUCAUCCUCCUGUCCUGUCGCCGCCUCUCUCCCCGAUGACCUGACCGAGCUCCUCGAGUAACGAGCCGGCUGGACUUAAGUAAAGCCACAAACACAGUAACCUGAGCGCACACGUAACGCACGCAAUGCCACAGUCACAUACGCACACCAACAUAAACUCACAUGCUGUCAUUAUUGUUUGUUUUAUGGAAUCAAUAAGUGGUGCUAUAAAGAUGUAAAAAAAACAUGAAUGUGUAAAACAAUCAUCUGUAAACGUGUCAAUUUGUGCAGCUAAACAUUAAUCACAGUUUCUGAGUUUGUCACAUUUUUCUGUUUUGGUGCUUCUAUAGUCAUAGGAAUUCCCUGUAUGCUUCACUUUGAGUGAAACUAUGUCCCAAUUCAGGGGCUGCAGCCUUUGACGGGUACAUUUGAAGAUAGAUUAUGUCAUAGCAGUGCUUUGAAGGAUUUCCUAUUUUUAAUGCUUCUUCAAUAGGGGCCAAAUAUCCUUCCCUCAACAAAAGUAUGAUCCAUUUAGUCCUCCCCCGUUACAGUUCUUUCAUACUCGGGGCCUUGUCAUGGUCAGAUCAGUGUGAAUACAGAUAUACCACGAUUGGGUUCCGGGUCCAGGCCUGCAUAGGGAGUUGGUCUUGGGUGUGAUUCAAGUGGAUUCUAGCAUGGUUUUGAUGGGAUGCAAAUGCAACCCGGCCCUGUAACAGGACAGAGAGUUGCAUCAGCCACAGGACAUCAGCACAAAAAAAAAACUUUUAUCCCCAGCGUGGAAGUUUGUUCACAUAUAACGGUGGAAAUAUUCAGAAUCUCUGUUGUGACUCCCCUUAAGGAUGAAAGCUAGAUGUAGUCAGCUAGUAGAGUUUCAAAGGCAACAAACCUCUAACCUUGCAAAGCACCAGUCCACAAUGUUUGUGAGGAACUGAAGACAGUUUGGACCAGUUAGCGGUAGUUGAGGAGAUUAAAGCAGUAGCUAUGGGCAGGGCUUAGUUAUACUGUUAACAAUGGCUACCUCCAGUAUGUUAGCUCUGUAGUUACAUCAGAGCUGUUAGCUCUGAUGUAACUACAGUCUAGUAGCUUUUCAUGACUAAAAAUGGUUUCUUUCUUCUGCUGACCUGUUUUAGCAUAAGUUUUUUAUUGUUACGGUUGGGGUUAAGUUAUACUUUAAGCUAGUGUAAACAAGGGCUACCACCACGAUAAGGGUUAGCAUGGGUGUAGCUGUAGAAAAGUGGCAGAUUAAUCAGAGCAAACAGCCACACUGAAAGUUUCUCUUAUGUGUGAUGUUUUUGCAUGUCUCCCCUGAGGUUAUUGCAUAAACUUUAGCCAUAAAAAAAGCUUCACAGUUAAAAUACCACAGUAGCGCUAGCCUGUAUAGCUUAGAUUAGCAUUGGAGCUGCACAUGUCUUGUACCUUAUUUUGUCUUGUUGCUCUGAUUGGCCCUUUAUGAAUAGGACAGACAGAAUGUUCCUCCAAUCACCUUCUGGGAAUUUUUUGAAAAGUCCCGCCCUUCCCAAAUGCUUUCUAUGGGAGGUUUCCCAGAUGAAUGUAAAUGUCUAAAUACAAAGAGGGUCGUUGCUGGUAUCUUGAAAAUCCAUGGAGCAGGACGGACUACUUUCACUGCAUAAAACAGAACCAGUCUUCUCCUAGGUCAUGACCUAAGCAGUUGCAGUGGUAGCAUCUUCUUCUUUCUCCUCCUUGGUGGAUUUUCAAACCAACUACACGCAUACCGCUACCUGCUGUACAGUUCAAAACAAUCAUGCCAAAUGUAAAAACACCCCUUGUUUUGAAUGGCGGUUCACAAAUCUGAUAUCAAGACAACUCUAAUCUCAGGAGUAAUGCAGUUAGUUUUUUGUGCUUUCACCUUUAUCUGAAGUGGGCUGGACAGUAGAUAGUGUAGGAAAUCAGGGAGAGAGAUCAGGUUUGACGUGGCAUGAAAGGAGCCACACUGCACUUCCCGCUUUGAAGACUAGCCUUGGUACAUUGAAACAGCCGAACCACCUGGCCAUUUGCACCUUGUAAUACAAUUUUAAAUCUUCAUUAUGGGUCUCAACUCAAGAGAAGCUACAGAUGCUGGUGUUUUGAAAAGGGGGGUCUUGAAAUAUCUAGUCCUCUUUAAAACAAAAGGUUAUGUAGCUAGCUAGCUCUGCUGAUGUUAGAGCGUUAGCACUUGGCUUCAAAAAGGGCAGGGGAAGCUGGUGAUGCAAACUUGCAAUCCUCAGUAGGCUGAAGUGUCUCAGUUUAAUUCAGCUGGAUUUGUCUACAUAGCCUAUGACGGCUCCGUUGAAGGAUGCUACCUCUGAAUUGGGACACAGCUUACGAUUGAAAUCAAUUCACCCGCCAUCUUGUUGUCUUCCACGUACACCUGAAACCAAACCUGCAAAUAUCAGUGGCAACUUAAAUUUUUUUUAUAUCUACAAUAAUAAUUAUUAACCCUACUGAGGAACUCUGAGCUGUUAUUACUGUGAUCUAAACCCAAUCAUGUUGUGUUUGUUUUAUCCACCCUGACAUUUAAAGUGAGUGGGGAUUAUUUGAUCUGUCACUCCCUGUGAGUUCAUGUGAUGAUCAAUCAGUGAGAAGCUAAUAAUACUGACUUUUAGAUCAUGACUGUGUGAAUUAGCAGAUACGAUGCAGCUAAAUAUUGAAUAUUUAACCUGAUUAGCUUUCAGCACAAACAUUAAUAGUGCUUGUAUCAUCGGGCCUCAUGUUCAUGUAACUGAAUACUAUCAUUGAUGUAUUUGUGAUAUAUGAGAGUGAUUUUUAACAGACUGUGCCUCAACACAAACCAGCUAAGAGCAGACUUCUUUUUAUUUUCCUGAUUCUGCUUCACUGUGUGAGAUGUGGAGGUUUUUAUGUCACUAAUUUUCCAAGAGUUAAACUUUAAACUAACUGUCCUCAUUUAAUGAGAAAAAAAUAUUCAAAGUUUUCUGUGCCUUCUAUCAUCCAGGAAAAGCGAUGUCAUAAAGGUUCCUGUUAGAUCUGUUACAGACACAGGAUCUGUUCUGUAAUCAACCAGAGAUAAAUUGAGAAAGAAAAUGACUCAUGCUUUAUUUUACUUCUCAUGUUUGUCUUAUUUUCACUCUUAAUAUGAAUAAAUGUGUUGAAA